AUGUCAGACGAAAGCAAAGACUGCCUUUUGAAUAAAAAUAGUUAUGAACUAUCAGACGAUACUUCUGUUCGUCCCAUUCCACCAGAAUCACCAGCGUAUCCCUCUUCACCAAUCACUCAUAAAUCACAAGAUUUUAUAAUAGUACCUUUAGUAGAUGAAUUUUCUCUUGAAUGUUUAGAAGAGGAAGAAGAAGAUAAAUGUUGGAUAAAUGGGGAAGAAUCUAAUGGGAUCGAUAAUUUUAAAAAGAAAGAGAAAAAUAGUUCAAGAAAAUUACUUAUUGCUAUUGGAAUAUCGUUGAUUUUCUUUGGAAUUGAGCUUUUUGGUGGUUUUAUUUCUGGAAGUUUAGCAUUAUUAUGUGAUUCUUUUCAUUUACUGAGUGAUGUAAUUAGUUUUGCGAUUUCAUUUUUAUCCAUUUAUCUUGCCCGUCGUCCAGCUACAAACUCACAUUCAUACGGAUAUCAUCGAGCUGAAAUAUUAGGAGCACUUUUAUCAAUUUUCCUGAUAUGGCUUCUCACCGGUUUUUUAUGUCUUGAAUCCUAUUAUCGAAUAUAUCACCCAAGAAAUGUAGACGGAAGAACAAUGUUUACUAUUGCCUGUAUUGGAGUUUUAGUUAAUAUUUCUAAAGUUUGGAUAGAUCCUUUCUGUACAUUUUUCUUUUCGGCACUUGUUAUGGCAUCCACUUUUGGAAUAUUAAAAAGUAGUGUAAGAGUAUUGAUGGAAGCUACACCAUUUCAUAUAGAUGCACAAGCUGUUAAGUCUGAUUUGAAUGGAAUUGAAGGAGUGAAAAGUGUCCAUGAUUUGCACAUAUGGGACUUAACUUUUGGCAAGACUGCACUUACAUCACAUCUAAUAUUACAAAAACAUAAUCCUGAAAUUCAUUCAGAACCAUUUACUCAAUCUUCAGUAUUGUUAAAAGCUAAGAAAAUUCUGAAGGAUAAAUAUGAAAUUCAUAAAGUGACUAUACAAGUUGACCAACCGUAA